AUGAGUAGAUUUCUACAUUUUAGUACACUUGUGGACUCUUUAGAACACUUUCGUCAUAGUAACCACAGAAUAAAAUGCCAAUAUUCUCUUUCCAACUGCAUAACUAAUAUAAAUUACUAUUUGUUAAACAAAUGUCACAACACUUCACUUGAAUCAUUCCUAUUAUCAAUCACAUUCGUUUGGAUAAAAGAGGACAGUUCCCCCCUUUAUCAUCAUCACCGUGCAUUCAUUGUGAUUGACAUGAUGCUCGAACGUAUCAAAUAUGAGAAAACUGUGGACAUUUACGGUUGUGUGAAAGCACUGCGGACACAAAGGAAUUUUAUGGUCCAAACAGAGGACCAGUAUGUCUUUAUUCACUCCGCCCUGUUGGAAGCAAUCGAUGCCGGGAACACGGAAGUUCCCGCGCGAAAUUUGCUUGCGCAUGUGAAGAAACUACGCUUGUUAGACGCAACCGGUGGAUCGGGAAUGGAUUUGGAAUUCAAAUUUCGUCUACCUCGGGCCAAAUAUACCUCCGCCCAGUUGGCUUGCAAUAAAGGAAAAAAUCGGGCACUGAACGCGCUUCCGUACGAGUCCACUCGGGUCCCAUUACAGCCAAUCCGUGGUGUGGAGGGGUCUGAUUACAUCAAUGCCAGUUUUGUGGACAGUUAUAGGGAUCGUAAGGCGUACAUUGCUACACAAAGUCCGAUUGCAAAAACUGCAGAGGAUUUUUGGCGAAUGAUGUGGGAGCUGAAUUCCAACAUCGUUGUGAUGCUGACCAAAUUGGUCGAACGUGGAAGAGAAUGUUGCUAUCCAUACUGGCCGAGCGAACGUUCCGCACGUUACCAGUAUUAUGUGGUCGAUCCGAUGGUCGAGUACAAUAUGCCAAACUACACACUCAGGGAAUUCAAGCUAACCGAUGCCAGGGAUGGUCAAUCACGUACGCUACGCCAAUUCCAAUUCACGGAUUGGCCCGAACAAGGUGUUCCCGAUACGUGUGAAGCAUUCAUUGAAUUCUUAGGACAAGUUCAUAAAACAAAGGAGCAAUUUGGUCAAGAUGGUCCUAUUACAGUACAUUGCAGUAAUGGAGUCGGUCGGACCGGUGUGUUCUUGACUUUGUCUAUCGUACUCGAACGAAUGCGCUACGAGGGUGUGGUUGAUAUGUUCCAGACAGUACGAAUGCUCCGAACGCAGCGCCCAGGUCUGGUAGAGACUGAAGACCAGUACCAAUUCUGUUAUAAUGCCGCGUUGGAAUAUUUAUCCUCUUUCGAUCACUAUGCCACGUGA